UAUCUUUGGGCGAUUGUUCAUCGGUUUUAUGGCGGUGAUGAACAAUUAAGGCUCACGACUAUGGUGUUCAAGAACAUCUUUCCGGAUAUUGAUAUCAACACCGUUAAACUUUCUUCUUCGAGGAUUGUGUUGCUUAACUACAAUAAAGACACGAAGCUUAUUGAUUUUCGACAUUAUUCUAUCGACUGACUGUUGGUGUCUCACGAGAAUUCGAAAAUUGCAAGUAACCAUCAAGUGCCCGAUCCUAAUCUUCAAGAUGUGAGCGACUUCGUAUUAGCGGGUUAUGGAUCGAAGCGAAGUCGAUGAGGAAGUGCAAUAGUUACUUUGACUAGUGAUCUUAGUCGAGUUAAUCGUGCCUCUACAAAAGCCGUUAAGCUUCAAGAAAUUGGACCUAGAAUGACUCUCCAACUCACCAAAAUUGAGGGUGGACUAUUCGGUGAAGUUAUGUUCAAUGAAUAUGGUAUCAAUAAGGGUAAUGAAAAGGAAGACAAGGAGAAUGAUGGCCAAAUGGAGGAUAGCGAUGAAGAUGAUGAAGCGGAUAACAAGAAAGAUAUGGAAGAAAGUGAAGAAGAUUAGUGCUUUAGCAAAGUGGAAGGUGCAAUACAACUUCC